AUGCCAUCUUGCUUUGCUUUUGAAAUCGGUCGCGCUGCUAAACGUCAGUGUCUGAAAGACCGUAAUGUGCUUGCAAUUAAACCAUUAAUGCCUCCUGCUUGUGUCCUCGAAGAGCUGCCCGUGUCACCCCAAGUGUACGACCUCGUAAAUGACACGCGUGUUGCUGUGUCUCGUAUUCUGCACGACCAAGACGACCGUCUCGUGGCUGUCGUCGGUCCUUGCUCCAUUCAUGACACUGCUGCAGCUCUGGACUAUGCCGAACGUCUCAAAACUCUGGCGGAUGAGCUCAAGGGUGAACUGGUCAUCAUCAUGCGCACGUAUUUUGAAAAACCACGGACCACUGUUGGUUGGAAGGGACUCAUUAAUGACCCAGACUUGGACGCGUCGUUCCAGAUCAAUAAGGGCUUACGCAUUGCCCGUAAACUCUUGCUCGAUGUCAAUGCUUUAGGUCUUCCUGUAGGUCUUGAGUUCCUGGAUACUAUCUCGCCGCAAUUUACGGCCGAUUUGGUAUCAUGGGGAGCUAUUGGAGCUCGCACCACAGAGUCACAGCUACAUCGGGAGCUGACGAGUGGAUUGUCCAUGCCAAUGGGUUUUAAAAACGGCACGGGAGGUGACUUGCAGGUUGCAGUGGAUGCAACUGUGUCAUCGUCGCAGCCACACACUUUUCUGGGCCUGGAUGAACAUGGCAUCGCGUCCAUUGUACGUACCAGGGGCAACAAAGACUGCCACGUUAUUCUCCGCGGUGGAUCGAGUGGACCAAACUUCAAAGACAAUUUCAUUGAGGAAGCGGUGGGAAGGCUGGUCAAAGCCAAACAGCCGUACAAGAUCAUGGUGGACUGCUCCCAUGGCAACUCGCGCAAACAACAUGCUGAGCAGGCUAACGUGUCCAGCUACUUGGCAGAUAUUGUCGCUGAGGGAAACACAAACCUGCUGGGUAUCAUGAUCGAGUCAAAUAUUGUCGAGGGUAAUCAGUCAAUCGGCGACGACCCGGCGAAGCUUGUAUAUGGCAUGAGCAUUACGGACGCAUGCAUCAACUGGGAAGACACCGUCAAAGUUCUGACGGAACUGGCGGGUGCUGUCAUCAAGCGGCGCCAAAUUAGCUGCGAAAAAAGCAUCAAGGAGCUGUGA